UGUUAUAAAAAAAGCCUCUCGCUUCCUAACACAAUGGGGUAAUCAGAAAAAAAGGUGUGCCAAUAUUUUGAUACUCGAACAUAGGCAAUAAAAACAUAGUGCAUCAUUGUCUCUCGCUACAAAUCGAUAAAUCAAUAGUAGUUUUGGCUGCUGCUACCUUUGCAUCGCGUUGCAUCUCCGAAGCGGAAAGAUGGCCAGAGCGGCAGAUCCAAGGUCCAAGAUCACCGUGGACCAACUUCGCAUCCUGCUGGAGGCGGUUGAAGAUGACUCUUCGCUGUACAACGCGGGGAACUCGGACAUGAUCUCGUUCCUGAACAUCGACAAGUGGACGAACCUGGCCAGCCGGCUGAACGAGUGCCCUGACGGCGCCUAUAUUCCUGUGCAGAACUGGAAAUUUGUGCUCCGUUACUGGAGUGAGAAUACGAGGAAGAGAAGGGAAAUGUCCAAAGCCAAGCGUGCGUCGAGCCGCCACCUGUCCAUCAGCCGUGAGGAGGCCAAGGAGUUGGAAGAACUGGAGGAGAGACUCUUCGAGUUCAUGAAGAAAGAAUCCUCCAUGGAAUAUGUUGAUGUGACUUACGUAGGGAAGUUUGGUGGUGAGCCGCCGAAUGAAGACGGGACUGCUGGCUCUGGAGGGGUGAAGUUCGUGGUCCAGCUCCUCAAUGUCUUCGAGGGUAGAGAGCCUGAUGAGAACACGUGUCCUAGGAAGGGGCCAAAGAAGAGGACCAUUGUCAUGAAGGAUGCUGAUGAUAAUCCCCGCAACAUGGCUAAGAAAUUCAAGAUCAUCUACGAUGAAAAUGUGGAUGAAGGCGAAGACCCCGAUACUUACGUCUACGGGCACCAGCUGGGGCAGCUCCAAGAUGUGUCCCGGGACAUUCAAGACCACAUCACCACAAUCCAGAGCCGCAUCCACAUGAUCAAGGAUCUGUGGAAGCAUCGCUGCGGUGACAACUAAACAUGUUGAGCAAA